CAAUUAAAAAGAAGACUCGUUAACGUCAGUUGAUUUUAGGUUAAGUUUUUCAAAAAUCAUUUACACAAAUUUAAACUAUAGAUUUAUAAAAAAAUUUAACGAACUGUAUGAAUAUAUAAAUUUCAAUUAAUAAAAACCCAACAAAUGAUCAACAUGAUUAAGGAGCAAGAUUUUAUGGCAGGAGUGCACCAUGCUAUGAGACUUCCAGUCCGUGCCCGAUGUGCAGAACUUACCGUUCUUUUGGAUAGGGGUAAUUUACUAGAACUGCACAAUUUCUUUCCAGUGUUAAUAGAAAACAUAUUCGGACCACAAGGUACUUUAUCAUGGGGACUAAGGACCACAACAGAAUCAGAAGCAGAAGACUUUAGACAGUUGCAGCAUUUUUUGUCACCAUGUGGACCUGUUUUUAAACUAAUAUACACAUUACUGAGGGAUCCCAAUAUUAGAUAUGAGUUUUCAUUAGCAUAUUUACCAUUGAAAAUAAGACAAUUUUUAGAAAAUUCACAAGGGCAUCCAUUUUAUUCGGAUUUAUUACAUGUAAAUGGGCAAACCAAGCAGAUUGUGUCUCUUAUGUUAAAUGCUUUUGAUUAUUAUAUUUUUCAUUUUGCCUACCACCUGAUAAAUCCUUGGCAACAGAGGGCUGGAUCUUCCUGUUGGAAUACAGUUUAUUAUGUACUUUGCUGCGAUUAUAUUCUACAUUUCCUACCUACCGAUCCAGGAACGCCAGUUUUACCUGUAAUUUAUUACAACGGCAAGAAUCCUGUUCAAACAACCAAGAUAUAUUUAGUGGACAAACCACAAAGUUCGGGACUUAUACAAACAAAAAAACAAAUGAAAGAUGAAACGAUGCAGACUAAUUUAGACUAUCAUCACCCAAGAAAUGAUAUUUGGAGAAGCGAGACUGUACUUACCGUUUUUUCAGAUAUGUGGUUGCACAAUAAUCAAGUCACCGAGACUACGAAUACAUUGACUACAUUGAAUCAAUUAAAUGUUCCACACGCAUCGAGAUUUUUACAACAUAAUGAACUUCCAACGGGAGAGUACAUGCGGAUAGUGAGGGUUUUAGUAAAACAACUGCACUCAUUCCACCAAAGCGCAAGAGCUGAUGACACGCACUUAGGAGAGUUGAAGAAAUUGUCUAUACCGAUGAUACAGGGAAAAUUUUAUAUCUUUUUAAGAAACCUAAUACAUCGAUGGCCAUUGGAUGGGUCCUUCAGGCUGGUUUUGGAGCUUUGGUUGACGUUUAUACAACCAUGGAGAUAUCCACCUAGCAACCUUAUUAAGCAUAUAAAUAAAAAAGAAAUGAAUCCAUACAUUGAUGAUCUGUCGACUGUUCCGCAAACCGAAGUAGACGUAGAAUUUAUUCCCUUUAUCGCUGAAAAUUUACUGUCUUACACAGUUAUUUUUCAACAACUGCUACCCAGGUUUGGUAGAGUUGAUUUGAUCAGUCCCAAGAUGUCGCUGAUGCUAUAUAGAAUUGCAAAGGUUUUUGACCAACCGAACUUACCAAAAUUCUUACGUGACAUCGAGCAGUGCGUUGAUAACAACAACUCCCCAACGCAUUCGUACAACAAGCAUUGGGUCAACAACUUACCUCCAUUAUCACCCACUACAAACUGGUCGACCAACACCACUGUGCAGAAUUUGACGUUAUCGGAAAGUUUUCAGAGUCAGAAGUCCUCUCCGAGUAAUACAUUUUUAAUUAGUAGAGGUGGCUCAGAAAAGAAAUGGUCAGCAGUGGUCAGGCAGAAGAUUUUUGAACUAGAAGGUCCAAAUUUUUGUUAUAAACCAUUGUUUUCUUGUCCACCGGCACCUGAAGUAUUUGAUUUAAUUUUCCAAAUAAAAAAAUCAGUGAGAGACGCAGAAGACAUUGUCAGAGCCAAAGAAAAGGAAGAACAAGAAAUGUUUUCUGGAUUCUGGGGUAACAUUAAGUACUUUUUCGUUGGAACGGAUCCAAACGAUGAAUUUACUCUAAGGGAACGACAAAAAGUUCCCUUACAUCUACAAGUUGCCCUUCAGAAUAUAAUGGACAUGUUUAAUAUUAGUAAUGAGAUUACAGAAAGAGAGUAUGAACCGUUAAAUAUUACUCCCGUCACGAUGAAUACUUCGAAUGAUUACAAGUUCUUAACGCCAGAAAGAAUACGAGCUCGCGUCAAAAAUAUUAAAUACGAAGGCGAUCCGGAUCUUAGACCGAUACAAAGUUAUGAAAAUGCAUUUUUGGUUCGAACUCUAUACCAGAUUUCUCAGAAACUUAACGAAAUCUAUGGACCAACAUUUUAUCAACUUUACCACAGCACUACUUUCGUCGGUAGAUUAUCUAGAGAAAUUCUAUGUUCACCAAUUACAAUUUACAGGUACGACAAGAGUACUCCGGGAUCCCCCAGAAUUAGCAGCAAUCUUCCCCCGCGACUCAGCUUACGAUUUUUAGCAAACUAUACAUUUUUAGGAUAUCUAUUUUUUGGCGCAUUUGUCACGUGGCUAUUUGGAUAUAACAUUAAUGUGUAUUUUAUAUUUUUAAUAUUUGUAUUUUUAUUGUACAAAUGCUACAAAGCUGUAAGGAGUAGGGAAACUCCAGUGAGACAUAAUUACCCAACACAAGGAUUCAGGAAUAUUAGUUUUAGUGAUUCUUUUUAAUCCAACUUGAAAUCAUUUGUUAUAAAUUUAACAUCAGGAAUUUUUAGUUUGCAUUUAUCUAUUAAGAUAUUAAGAUGAAAAACUUCUUAUAAAAUGAUUCCCAGAAAUUUGUUGUUUGUACAGUCGGCGAAAUGUUUUUUUAUUACAUGUUUUAAUUUACAAUCCGUUUCAUCGAAUAUAAGUAAAUAAUUUGAGUGUUAAAUACAUGAGGAAGAAACCCUAUGUCAACCCUCCUAUUAUAUUUUUUAUAUCAGAUCGUAUAUUUUUUAAUUCAUUAAGUCUGUUGGCCAUAGUUUCUUCAAUCGUCUUGAAAAUCCAGGAGGAUCGUUUAGCAAUAUUGCUUCAUUAUUUAGAUGACUUAUUAGUCCAUCAAGCUAGUUCUUUGUGAUUCUUCGAAUUUCUUCCUCUACCAAAGGUGUAGCUGAGUCCUCACGUAAGGUUUUAUUGCUUACAUACCAGGAUGCGUUGAAUAUCAUUUUCAAUAUUUUUGAUGGACCUUUUGUAUCAUCUCGAUAUUUGAUGACUUUGAGCAACCCCAGAGUUUGACACCAUAGGUCAAAAUUGGUUUUAUCAUAGAUUUAUGCAGGAGCAGUAUAUUUUCACUAGUAAGUUUCGAUUUUCGAUACGCCAGCUUAUUUGUGGUAUUUUGAUGUUGAUCUGGGUUUUCUUGGUUAGAAUGUGCGGCUUCCAUGUUAAGGGGCUAUCCUAGUGAAAAAUUACGAAAUUCAUAUACUUUUUUGGGAAUUUCGAAACUAAAAAGGACUGUUCCAAUUGUUUUGAAAAUUUGCAUGAGCAUUUAUUAUAAAAAGAAGUACAUGUAAAACAAUUUUUAUAAAAAAAUAUUGCAAAUUAAACGAUUUAUGCGCCAUCUAUUGGCGCCGUAAAAAUAAAAAUAUAGCUCCAAUGCUGCAGUGAUUGGUACUAAUACAGAUCCUGAAACAUAAAAUUUCAAAGUGAUUAUUGAAACAUGCUAUUUUCUAUACCAUCAACUAGGGGUUUUUUGAUCGGAUAAAAAAUGUCAAUUUGGCGGUUUUUGAAACUGAAAAUGUUUUAGCUAAUUUAAAAAAAAAAUUCAACACUUCGUCAUUUUUCAGAAUUUUAAUAUUUUUCAAAAAUCCUAGUUGAUGGUAUAGGAAAUAACUUAUUUUUCAAUAAUCACUUUGAAAUUUUAUUUUUCAGGAUCUCUAUUAGUCCCAAUCACUGCAGCAGUGGAGCUGUUUUUAUUUUCACAGUGCUAGUAGAUCGCGCAUAAAUCGUUUAAUUUUCAAUAUUUUUUAUGAAAAUUGUUUUACAUGUAUUUCUUUUUAUAAAAAAUGCUCAUGCAAAUUUUCAAAACAAUUGGUACAGUACUUUUUAUUUUAGAAAUUUCCAAAAAAUGUAUAUGAAUUUCGUACUUGUACACUUAGUCCAUGUGAUGAGACCGCUCUCGUCUGAAAAACAUUUUUAAUUCGGUUUCUCUGCGGAUUCAUAUUCAAAAAUGUCCCCUUUAAACAAAUCCGAAGGGUGCCGGACGGAAUUUUUGGGCAGAAAUUGUUUAAACAAUUUUUUUAAACAAAUACAUAAGAUCACCUUUUAUUGCUACAAAAAAUAUAUUCUUAGGUUUUUUGGGUCAUUCUAAACAAGAAAGGUAUCUUGUGAUUUUUCUCAAAAAUUGCGAAAAUACGCAUUUUCGAGGCUUAAAAACUCGUAUUUGAAUUAGUAUUUUUAAGGGUGUCAAUAACUUGGAUGAAAGUUUAAAAAUUCCUUUUCAAGAUUCCGAAGAGUGAUCGGGUCUAGCUUCAAUUUAGACCGUAGUUUUUUAAUUGUUAAUUAUGCAUGUCCAUCCGAUUUUUUGGCCGGUGCGACGCGCUCUAUUUCAAAAAUCUCCUAUUUUCCUCCGAAAAAUAUUUUUUCUAGAUUCUUUGGGACAUUCUAAAUAAAAUAAGUUUCUUGACAUUUUUCUCAAAAGUUACUACAUAGUUUUAAAGUUAUAAGCGAUAACUUUUGACAAAAAUGUCAAGAAAAUUGUUUUAUUUAGAAUGUCCCAAAGAAUCUAGAAAAAAUAUUUUUCGGCGGAAAAUAGGAGAUUUUUGAAAAUAGUGCGCGCCGCACCGGCAAAAAACCGGAUGGACACGCAUAAUAAUUAUGCGUGUAUUAUAUAUAUUUCCGAUCACUCUUCGGAAUCUUGAAAAGGAAUGUUUAAACUUUAAUCCAAGUUAUUGGCACCCUUAAAAAUACUAAUUUAAAUAUGAGUUUUUAAGCUUCGAAAAUGCGUAUUUUCGCAUUUUUUAGAUUUUAAAUCGCCUAUAACUCGAAAACUGUCAAUUUUUGAGACAAAUCACAAGAUACCUUUCUUGUUUAGAAUGACCCAAAAAACCUAAAAAUAUAUUUUUUGGAGCAAUAAAGGGUGAUCUUAUGUAUUUGUUUAAAAAAAUUGUUUAAACAAUUUCUGCCCAAAAAUUCCGUCCGGCACCCUUCAGAUUUGUUUAAAGGGGACAUUUUUGAAUAUGAAUCCGCAGAGAAACCGAAUUAGAAAUGUUUUUCAGACGGGAGCGGUCUCACCACAUAGACUAACUAGGAUAGCCCCUUAAUCUGUUGUCAGGGGUUAGUCCCAAGUAUUUAGCUUGUGUGCUGACUGGUAAUCCAAAUGUGAGUGUCUUUUGGUUGCCUUGGGAUUUUUCACAGAAAUUCGUUCCUGUAAUUCGGCUUUGACCAAUAAUGUUAUAACAAAUGGGGAAAUCUUCUUUUUUUUCUUCCUCUUCUCGCAUUCCUUAUGCACUAUUAGUCCAGGGCGCAUCUGUUUUGAGACGGACGUUGAGAGGUGACUCAAAUUUUUUUGCAGAAAUUGCUUGAAAAUAAAUCAAAUAAUAAUAUUUGAGUUAUCCUCCCUCUCAAAAAAGUCUGGAACAUUGUUUAAAUAAUCAAAAUGUCAAAAAAUUUAGGAAAAUUCAAUUUUUUUCUUCGUUUUUUUGAUUAUAACUUUAAAAACAUUCAUUUCCAAGAAAAGUUGUACUGACAUAAAAGUUGCGUAAUUAAAUUUCCUACAAUAUAGAGUUGGUUAAAAAAUUUAAAAAAUAGUGACCCUUGUUGCAAAAUAGCAAUAAUCGCGAAAAUCCCAUACAAAAACAAGUAUUCGCAUUUUACGUUUUUCAACCAUUUUUGCUACACCUUCAUAUUUCACCCAGAAAAACUUUAUGAUACAGUAAAACAAUACUGUAAAUUUCAUUAAGAUCAGUUUUCAGUAAGAUAAAAUUUCAUAAAUUUUGCAAUCCAGCUUUCGCAAAAAAAUUCAUUUUUUCAAAAUGUUACAGGACUGAAAAUAAAGCAGAUAGCAAGUUGAUUUUUUUUUGUUUGUAGAAGUGUACUGUACCUUUCAUUUACAAUUUGCAAAAUUAAAAUCGAAUAAUUACCACGGCGUCAGGAAAUUUUUUAAAUAAACAAUAAUUUUUGGUGCUACGCGCAGGACAGCGGUGUUCGAUUCACACAGGUUGAUUUCCACCAAAAUUUCUUCCAAUCUUUAUCUAAUAUAUUAUUUUCUUACUCUAUAUUUUGUUGUAUUUUAAUAUUUUAAUUUCACAAAAAUUAAACUAAUUUUAUUAUUGUUUGUGAAAUAUUGUUUAAACAAUUGCAUAUGUUUAAAAAUAAUAAACUUUUAUUUUUUAAGUUAAAAUACAUGAACAAAGAAAGUUUUUGCUAAUGAAAGUGUUAUUUCAAAGGAUAGAGUAUGGGUUUUUAUUUUGCAAUAAACAAAUUUAUUUAUUUAUAUUGAAAUUUAAUAAAAAUUAAAAUGUAUCAAUCAUUAUCAAAGGUCAUUGGAAUGCCCAAUCAGAGCAAACUAUCCGCUGUCCUGCGCGUAGCACCAAUAAUUAAUGUUUAUUUUAAAAAAUUCCUGACGCCGUGGUGUUAAUCGAUUUUAAUUUUGCAAAAUGGCAAAAGAAAGGUACACUAGACUUCUAUUUGCAAAAAAAUUUUCAACUUGCUAUCUGCUUUAUUUUCAGUCCUGUAACAUUUUGAAAAAAUGAAUUUUUUUUACGAAAGCUGGAUUGCAAAAUUUAUUUUGCAAAAUUUAUGGAACCGAUCUUAAUGAAAUUUACAGUAUUGUUUUACUAUAUCCUAAAAUUUUUCUGGGUGAAAUAUGAAGGUCCUAAGUGUAGCAUAAAUGGUUGAAAAACGUAAAAUGCGAAUACUUGUUUUUGUAUGGUUUUUUCGCAAUUAUUGCUAUUUUGCAACAAGGGUGACUAUUUUUUAAAUUUUUAACCAAUUUUAUAUUGUAGGAAAUUUAAUUACGCAACUUUUAUUUCAGUACAACUUUUCUCGUAAAUGAAUACUUUUAAAGUUAUAAUCAAAAAACGAAGAAAAAAAUCGUAUUUUUCCUUAAUUUUUUGACAUUUUGAUUAUUUAAACAAUGUUCCGGAUCUUUUUGGGAUAAGGGAGGGAGGAUAACUGAAAUAUUAUUUUGAUUUAUUUUCAAGCAAUUUCUGCAAAAAAAUUUGAGUCACCUCUCAACAUCCAAAUGUACUAAUAUUUUUACAGAUGCGCCCUAGUCUAUAUAAGAAGGUCGAAGAAAGGAAAUGUUUCGUUCUUUUCUUUUUUGCUGACUUUGAUUUGUUGUCUUAUGACAGAUGAUACGUGAUAGCUUCUUCCGAUAUAAUGUUAACUUUUUUAGUUAUGGUUGCUAAUGUUUAGUUAGGGUGUCCAGGUAUGAUUGUUUCUUAUCGAGAGUACUCAUCAAAAAUAAUGGGUUCAAAAUUUCUAUCAAGUUAUGAAAACAUUUAACUUGCUUUACUUUUGAAAUUAUUGUGAAGUUGUUUUCAACCUCGUGUCAUUGUUUUGGUUAUUUAUUUUUAGUUAAUAAUUUAAAUUUAGUGUAAGUAGCUGUAAGACUAUAUAAAUUUUGUAUUGCUUGUAUAUAAUAAUUUUAAUACAUUUUUUAGCAAA